AUGUGGACACUCAUUUGCCCGUAUUUUGGCGUCAAUGAUUCCGGAGCUCAACAAUCCAAACUUCUCAAGACUAGCGAGGACUACACUAUAGGAAGAAAUGGCUGUAAUAUAAACAUAUCUGAGAAAUGGAUGUCGCGGCAGCUAGGAAGAUUCAUCGUCGGACAACACAAUGAAGCCGAUGUGACAUGGAGACCACCUUAUUCUGAACAGCAAGAUGCGCUUGAGCCCAAUCAGGAUAUUCAGGUCAUAAAGCCCAAAGAUUGCGCUGUCUUGGAGCAAAUCACGGGCGAGCCGAAUCAGUUACCUAUACUUCUGCGUGGUGGUAGUAUAGUGAGAAAGGAAUGGGCCCAAGAACUAUUCCGCCGCUUAUACUUGCCACCAGAUUUACCAUCCACCGAUGUGGUCAGCCUAGAAGAUAACUGCCUGCAGCCAGCUUUAGAAGAUUAUCUACCCUCCUUCUCUCCUAAUCUCAAGCAGGAAUAUUGUCAAAAUAGCAUCUGGAGGGAAAAUACUGACCGAAAAGGCAUGUUAAAGAAUCUCAAAUUCAUAUUUCUUGUCGAAGGCGCAGCUCUGGCAACAGUCUGGAAGAAUAUCGUAGAUGCUGGCGAGGGUACCUACGAAACUUUUGAUAUUCAUAAAGGAGUGGUCAAAUGGAUAACAUAUAUAACACAACUACGAGGAAAGGCGACAGAAGAAAGCUUUGGUAUCGUCCUGGUUGCAAAUGAAGAGAAAUCACAUGCAGCAGUUGGAGGUCAAGGUUGGAAGGCGUUUAUUCAAGACACUCUAAGAGCCGGGCUGCAAUUCACCUCUUAUACGAAAAUCACCGAGGCAGUACUUUUGGUUCAGAAAGACUUGCUCAAAAGUGAUGCACACUCCACAAAUGAGAUUAUACCUAGUUUGUUACCGAAUGAAGAGCCGUCUAUGGAAGCAUCACAAGGAAGACGCGGCACUACGAGGCGAACGAAGAAACAGCCGACACCAGUACCAGAACCUGUCAAUCCGCAAGAGGAUGAGGCGCUGUUACCUGAGGAUGAGCCUGUUCCUGGUAGGAAUAGAAAUGACUCCCAGUUUACUACUUCCGCGGCCCCAACUUCUGCCCUAAGUGACAGAGCUCUUUCUCCACCUGUCCAGCAACCAGCAACAAUUGAUCGUACCAAAUUGAGGAGGAGAAACCCAACUCAGAGGUCCCAAGCAGUUGAAAGCGAAACUCAAUCCACUUUAACUUUAGAGAGACACCGUAAACAUUUUGAAGAGACGGACCCGGAGCGUCACUUCCUAUCUCAAGAACAGGAUGGCGUACGGACGAGAGCCUCUAGUGUUACAAGGUCGUUGGUGGAUAUGGUGGAGCAGGCUGACCUGGAACGCACCAAGGCACUAGAAACGGGAAUUUCUUCUAGGAAACGGAAAGCCGGAGCCACCCAAGGUGAAGGUCAAGAUAUCACAUCAGAAAACGGCUCUCUUGGAGAGCCAAAAGAGCCACCUGCAAAGAAGAGGAUGAUAGAUCGUACGGAAAAACCUGCAUUAGAAGCUUUACCUGAAGCUGAAGAAGAAGAAGAGCCUCCACCGGAGAUACCAAAAGUCAAACCAAAGAAAAAGAAAGAAGUUGCUGUAGUGGAUAGUGAUGAAAAGUAUCUCACAGCAUUAGCAACCUGGAAGAAGGGUAGGAAAAAGGAGGACCAAUUUGAUCGCGAAUUCAACAAUCUGAAGAUUGCCAAACCAGACCGCCUUGUUGAAUUAGACGUGGAGAUGGAGGCUUGGCAAAUGAUGCCAAAAGAUAUGGAUGUUCGGGGUAACUUCAUG